GCUGAACAGGUACCACAGGAGUAGUACCAUCUUUCGAACGAACCAUCAUCCAAGUCUCAGCAACCGUCCAUUCUGGUUUGUCUCGCACCAAGGAAAUCUUCAAAACAAUCCUCGUCUAUGUUAUAGUUUUGCGUCAUGAAUCAGUCAGGUCUACCUACUCCACCACCUACAUCCGCCACCAACCCUGCACAAUCGUCAUCGAACGCAGCUGGUCAAUCUGCGAGUGAUGUAUCGUUAGGCUCUAUUGUUGCGACGAUAACCUCGGCGUCAAGUCCUCUCCAAUUAAACCAAUAUCUGAGGAGUUGUGCAUCAAAAGAUGUUAGAGAAGUCCUGCUGGCCAGCAUUUUGCCAGGUAGCCAAGAUCCAUUAAAUCUGUUGAACGCGCGAGAUCACACACUUGGCAUGCUUUACAUUUUGUCUGCGCGACUGCAUACUGUCGCGUCUGAUAAGCCUUUGUGGCACCAUAUCGAAAGUUUUUGCCGCGAUUUUAUCUCUGAACAUGCUCGCGUUGCUCCGGAUCGAGUGACACUUCUUGCAACUGGAAUACGACAAUUUGCUGAAGUUGAAGGAAAUCCCAAACUUGCAAUCGCACCAUUGUCUGAUCUGCUUGCAAAAUAUCCUCCGACCCUUUCACAUCUCACUACCAUUCACCCUAUUUUCCUGACGGUUUGCGUCGCCACUCGCCAUUUCACAGCCGCGAUCCCCGUCCUGGCUCAUUCGAUCACUACAAUUGAUCUCUCACUUUCCGACUUGACCUACCACGAUAAUUUAAUAUACCACUACGCUGGCGGUAUCGCACUGGCAGCACUGAAGAACUGGCCAGCUGCAGAAGAACUCUUUGAGAUCUGCGCAUCAAGUCCAGGCACAGCGGCUUCGGCUAUUCAAAUGGAAGCACUAAAGAAGUUGGUCCUCGUACAGUUGAUAUACCGCGGAAAGACAUCACCUCCUUCCAAGUACAUGCACCCAAUUCUUAUGCGACUGUUCAAGGCAACUCCAUAUUCAAGUUUUACGAAUGCAUAUCCUCUGCAGCGCGACUACCUUCGCGCGAUAGUCGAAAACGAGCAGCAGCUAUUCGCCAAUGAAAGAACUCUUGGUCUCAUCACCCAGGCACUCGAUCGCGCGCCUCGUUGGGCUAUAAAGAAACUUACAACCACUUACCUGACGUUACAUUUAUCCGAUAUCGGACGAGAAGUGGGAAUUUCUGACGAGAAUAAAGUGAAAUCCCUGAUUUUAAGCAUGAUCGAGUGCUCAGAAAUCUCCGCGGAGUUGUCUGCAGAUGGGACUGUGUCAUUCUCAGACCCACCAGUGAAAUUUGAGAAGAGUGAUGUUGAUCGAGUGUUGGCACAGGCGCAACAGCAGGACGCCGUCCUUGUGAGGCUUGAGAAAGAGAUGGAAAGGAACAAAGAAUAUCUGACAAAGGCCGUCAAGAGCAAGGACGACGCAGCUUGGGGACCAGCGAUGGAUGAAGAUGGUGCAUUUGGAGACCGUCCAUCAGUUUCAUCAUGACGUUGAAUCAGCACCCGUGAGUUUACCUAAAUAUACCAAGAUUCUACUAUUGCAAAUUGGGACACGGAGGCCGUGUGCCACAGGGUGAGGGUGCCUGCAGUCUUCGGGAGCUUCCUGUAUUGGCUUUCAAGUUCUUUCGAUCAUCACGGAGUGCGGCCGCUUAGCACCUUAUCCUAGUUCGCUAACAUCCGAGGCAUGUUGCUUAGCUUUCACACAAAUAUAUUCUUCGUUCACGCUGAUGUGAGUUACCACCAGAGUAUCUCAGUCUUGAUUCAACUUUGGCCGCCGUUGAUAUUAAUCGGGUAGCAGCGCACCAAACCCAUGGGAACAAAACCCACAGACUCGAUGGAUGAGAUGACGCACUGAUGGAAAGUUCUAUCGGCACUUUGCACGAGCACGAAAAGAAUUUGUAUUAUGCGUGCGCGAUAUAUAUACAAUCCAAGUUAUAUCAAUAUCUAUAUUCA